UCCAGUAUGUCCCAGGAGAGGAAUGAUUUCUUUUUGUGAUGCCUGGUGUUUUCAAAAUGUGCAUAUGGUUUCCACUAGCAGCAUGAUAGGUGCCAUGUGAUUGGGUUUAUUUUGAUCCAGCAGGUCUUUUCAAGGCAGGUCUCUAUUAAGCCUUUAAUUGGUCGUGGACUUGCACAAGAGCUGCAGGAUGUAGGGCAGAGUUUAUAAAAUUGCUCUAAUGUCUACUAGCAAGAGAGGAACUGCGGUGAAGGUAAGAUAAUGGCUUGGUAGCAGUAUAGAGGUUGGCUGUCCUUGCUUGGGGUUUUUCAUUGCGGGUUAAUACUUUGCCAUGGGAAUGAGAUACUGAGUUUCCAAAACUUCACCUUUGGUCACUUCAGCUGACAGGGACUGUGUGCUGUAAGUGGAGCCCCAGGUAGCUGAGCUGCUUUAUGUGCAGUUGAAGACAAAGGUGCAUAUAUAAAGUAGACACUUUAUGUUUUAAUGGAAUAUAUCUCAUGGAUGUGCAAAAGAUCUACCUCUAUGGUGCAAGUUCUUUUUAGAGCUGAUUAUAACCUUUUGGAAACAGUGCCUAGUUUUGAUAUUUGUAUUUAUUAGCUAUUACUGCUCACUGUAAAGGCAGCUAAAGAUUCAAUUCUUUCAUGGAUUAGCUAGAGUGUAAUUAGGUUUUCAAAGAGCAGAUCGAUAGGUACAACAUGUUCUUUUCUAAAAAUGCCAUGUAUGCACAUGUUCUGAUUUACCUCUGCCUUUUUGUAGUAGCAGCUCCAGGAGCUGGAACAGUGCUUAGUACUGCAGCCUCAGGUGGGGGUAUGUACCGUGGAGUGGGGGGGAAUUUGGGGUUUUGUUUUCUUUUUUCUUUCCUAGGUAGUGAAAGUAUCAGAUUCUUGUGAUAGAAUUGUAAUUUGCAUGGUGUGAGACUGGACAGUCCUUGUUUCUCUAACAAUGUCAUGACAAUGAUUAGAAUUUGCUGCUCUUUGGACCAGGGCUUAGCAAUGUUUGGAGUACUAAAUAAGCUGUAAGUGCUAACAACAAUGCUUCCUCAGCAUCUUUCAUCUGAAAAUCUUACUGUUCUUAAUGAAUUUUGGUGCCUCUCUGUGAGGAAGGAAUUACUAGAGUCAUUUUGCAGACAAGUAGAUAAAAUAAAAUGCUUGCAUAGAGGCAUUCUGAAAGCCACUUAUAUUCAGGAAUAUUAAUGCUUCAACUCGCUUUUGAGCUACUAUCUUGUCCUUUCUCUUUUGCCAGAAGAGCUAUGGGCAUUAAUUUUGGUAGAACUUUGGUAGAUUUUUUUUUUUUUUAAUUGGGUUAGGAAACAUGAAAGUGAGACGUUAUUAUGCAACGUCUCUAAGUGUGCAUGUGAUACUUGAAAAAUGGUAAUCAGAUAAAUUGCUAAGCAACUGUACCCUGCCUUCAGUUACCAAAAAGCCAGUGACUUCGCUUUCAUGAUGUAACAUGCUCUAUACUUCUCCAUGAAGCACGUGUAGGUGGAGUUCUGUGAGAGUUGCUCCUUUUAACUCCCCUCCUGCUUGACUGCCAUAUUGUGAGGUCAGGUUUGACCAUAGUUUUACAGAAAUGUAUUCACAGAACCUGAAAGCGACAGAACAAAUGUUAGAAGAGCUGUUCAAAAUAAUGAAGUGUAAGUAAGUGUGUAUAUAAGGAAACAGCCAUUCUCUCCCACGGGCCUUCACUAGCUUGUAAAGAGCAGGCCAUAGCUCAUCCUUGGGAACACGAGAGGUAAGAAAAUGGGUGAGAGACUGAUGUUAAAAGGCACACGGCAGGGAAAUGUGGCAAGCUGUGGGAAACCUUGGACACCCACAGCGAUCCAUUUGCCCCAAAUGUUGAGAGAUGCAGUAAUGCACUAGAACCUAUAUGUAGAGCCAGCUGAUUUGUUCUCAUUGUCUUAGCAAGAAGGGAAUGGCAGGAACAUCAGCAGAGAAGUGUGCAUGGAGAAACAGUAAGUAGAACUCCGAUAACAUAAGGCAGAUUUAGGGGAUUUUGUUUGAAACCUGACUAACUGAUAGAUCACAGGAUCUGUCUUAGAAAUUCUGCAGGGUAACUGCAACGACAACAAAACAGACUCUUGCUGGUUAUUCUAAAAUUCUGCUUCUUGUUAGUAACCAUCCACAGCAGCAUUUGUAGUUCCUGUGGCUUGUGGAGCACCUGCCCAAGGUUCUCCAGUGCUUGCUGGUGCCAGCGCUUUUAGGAGCAAUGUGAGACUGGAGGCCACAGUUGGCUGAUGCAGAGGUAUUUGGGAAAGGGUGCUCCUGACCUUGGAGAUGCUUUGUUUUUUUGCAGAUGGCUGAAAGUUACUUUUUAUGGAGUUUUGUAACCUUGUUGCUGUGCUCCUCUUCCAGCCCAGACAUCAUCUCAUGGGAUGGUGCAGCCCUACCUCCCGCCUUUGAGAAGGGGCGCCAUGUUCUGUGCUCUAAGUGCCUUGCAUGUGGGGAUCCCGGAGCCUGGCUGCUCCAUGUGCAGCUGGAAACCCCAACCAAAGGACAGAGGGAAGGGCGUGCUAGGUUCGUUUGGGUGACAUCUGCAUCACCCUCCGUGGAGGUCUUGCAGGGGUUAGAGAGCGGGGGUGCGUUGCUGAGAAAUUGUUUGCUUUCUACUUCAGAUAAACUGAAUCUGGGUGCAGCUCAGGGACUUCUCUGUUGGUGGAACGUCUUGGUUUAAUCACCAGGUAGUGGCACGGACCUGCGUUUUCUUCUCAAGUGCACUUUGGAAAUCAUGAAAAGGUGUAAGCAAACAAGUGAAGGAAUGCACAAGUAGCCACUUGGCAGCCAGGAAUUUCAUUUCCAUCCAGUUCUCACUGGACGAGUGCUGCUCCUUCACUUACUGAAGUGCAGCCUCUGCCUGCUGGUGCUGGCAUUUGAGAGGAGCCGAGUCCUGCAUAACAGUGCGCUUCAGAUUCUUUCUUUCUUUUUUUGAAUGGCCGCACCACUGCUGAAUAUUUGUUGUAGUUGUUGAUUUUUGCUAAUACAAACAUUACACCUUUUUAAUCAUUAGCAUUUCAGUACAAAAAGUUCACUUAUCAUCUAUGUGACCUUUUCUGACCAGCCAAAGUGCUGUGAACUCCAAGGUCAAGCCUUUAUCUUCAGUGCUGCAUUUCUGCUCUUAUGUUACGACACAGUCUUUGCUAACAAAGAGUUUCUUUUUCUUUCAAGUGUAGAUACAUGCGCGACUAAAGCUAUGGUUUCUCAAACAUUUUGAGCUCAUAGAAAUGAAGGUGGCUUUUUUGUUUGCUUUUCGUAUUGAAAAUAAGGAUCUCUUUCCUGCUGGGUGGAGGCCUGAGAGCCAGAUCUGUGAGGUGAUAUGGCUGAGUACAGGGAGGUUUUUGGUAGCAGUGUUCAGAUGAAUGACGAAUCCCUUGAUUGGAGUUUCUGUGACACUGUGGGCGGCUGUAGGGCUGGUGCUAGCAAGAGAGGUGAGCUGUGCAGCAAGGUACAGGACAGGACAGAGCUGUCCUAGUGUUAUCCCCUUCCCAGGAGAACCUCUCAGCUCCGCUCUGUUCUUCACUCCCAUGCCAAACCUUUAAGUGAGAUGGAGCGCUCACACCGAGAUACACGGAACUCAUCUGGCAAUAAAUAUACCCUUUCAAAAAUGUUGUACUUUGUUUUUUUUUUCCAGGGUGUGCCCAGCCUUGUGGCAAACAGUGGGUGUAUGUGUUUAUUAACUGGGUUCAGAGAUGGGAAGCAAAACAAGUGACCCAGAGCACAGCUCCUGGUUUAAAAGCAGUGGUAUGUUUUUAGGUCUUCAGGUUUGUGCCUUGAAGGAGUCAAGAGUGUUACAGCUGCUUAUUUUGUAUCAUUUUGUUCUUCACUCUUUUACAAAAUAAAUUAUAGUCAAAUAGAUCUGACUAGAUAAAAAGAGUUCUCAGUGUUCUUUAAAAUGCAUUUCUAAGAAAUACUUUUUGAAGUUUUGUAUGCAAGCAUCUGAUAAAUAGCUCAGUAGAAACCUAUACUCUCCUGUAACAAAACGCAUACAGUGAAAAUAGCAUACGUGCAAAAAACUUACAGGAACAUCAGGUUUAGAGCAAUUUAAAUGAGAGGUAAUAAACAGCAGCCACUCUUUCCAAUGUGACGUAUAAGUACCUGGCUGUUAAAAUAGCAGCUAUUCCUCAUGGUAAGAGAGGCUCCAAAGCAGACGUACACAUCAGUGCAUGUGCAGGAAGUGCUUGGUGUGUCUCAUGAUACUCAUGUUACAUUGAUUUAAUUAAUGGUUUUAUGCUAUUCAUCACUCUGCUAAUCUUGGUGGGAAGGUUUUGUUGGGGGAGGAUUAGUUAUUUAAUCUGCAUUUUUUUUAUUGGAAUGUUUUUGUAGUUCAUUGUAAUCUAAAGACAGAUGGCGGAUUUCUUCUAUUGUUGUUUGUAUUGUGUUUCUUUGUUUUUAAGAGAAAAUGUUUCUCUUGAAUUACUGUUGGAUUUAGGUGCCCAGAAUUUUACAUUCAUUGGGAUCUGAUAAAUGUUUAUAAUAUCUAAAGGAGGUGGGGUGCAGAUGGAUGAGGCCAGGCUGUUCUUGGUGCAGCGAUAGGACAAGGAGAAUAACCUAAAACUUGUAUGAGGGAAGCUCCAUAAUAACACGUGGAAUAACUUCUUUAUGGUAAGGGUGAUGGAGUGCUGGAACAGGCUGCCCAGAGAUGUUGUGGAGUCUCCUUCUAUGGAGAUACUCAAGACUUGUCUGGAUGCCUACCUGUGUGAUCUAUUGUAGAGUACCUGUUUUAGCAGAGAGGUGGGACUCGAUGAUCUCUUGUGGCCCCUUCCAACCCUUGCAGUUCUGUGAUAACAUGAAGAUCCUGUUCGUUAUGCAGUCUGGCACAUAGGUGUUCUUGCUCUGUAACUUCGUCACAUGCUAUUAAUCUAGAAAAUUGCUGUGUGUACACAAGCCCACAGAGUGUGAGAUCUGUGAGACUGAAGUGGGUAUGUGCUGGAUAUUUUUGUGUUGGAACAAGCACCUCAAUGUGUGACUUCUGCACAAAGCAGCACUGUGGCACCCUGAGCGACAGUGCCUGAGAAGGGAAGAGCAGCUCAGGCAUGUGGCUCUGCUCACGGUCAGGGUCUGAUGCGGGCCAGGUGGCAGCCUCCUCACCAGGGCAGGGGGAAACAGGCUGGGGGCUGGAAAGGGCUUGCCUAUGUGAAGGUGUGGAGCAGAAAAGGGAGGGGAAGGAAUAUGUGGUUAGAGGGGAGAUAGGGAGGCAGUGUUAGGAGGAGGAUUGGGAUGAAAAGAAAUCAGCAGCUUACUUAAAAAUAAACAAAUUAAAAAUGGUUGAUGGGCAGGAAAAAAAAACCUGAGCGAACACUUUCUGGUAGAUCCUCUAUGGUUAACUGAGCCCUUGUUUGAGAUGGCAGUGGUGAGGAACCUUUGGUCGUUGGCUCUAGAGACAUGCUCCUCGUGUUUGUCGUGGCAGGGAUCCAGAAGGACAGUGCAGAGCAGAAGGACCCAGCCCAGCCUGGGGAGUGGCUGCCAGCAGCCAGUCUGGGACUGGGGCAGGGGCAGCACUCAUCUGCACUUGGUAGAGGUUGGCCAUCCACACAGCCAGGUGCCAAGGCUGAGAUACGCUGCCUGGUCGCCACGUUAGCUGCUGGUUGCACGGUCCUGUCUCGAAGACAGCAGCUGUCUGAAGUGGCUCGGACCUGCGGGGACAGCCUGGCCUCACCGUGGAUGCUGUGAACUGGGAGCUGGCCGAAGUGGGAGAGCUGCCGGAUCCCUCCCAACAGCUGAGAGAGGAAGAUAUUUUCUGUGUGAAUUGGCAACCAAUAGGAGUGAAGAGAGUGCCUACCAGGGUGUGUGCAGAAGGAUGGCUGCGGCAGAACCUCUGACCGCUUUCUCGCGAUGGUACCUCUAUGCCAUUCAUGGCUAUUUCUGUGAGGUCAUGUUCACAGCUGCCUGGGAGUUUGUGGUCAACUUCAACUGGAAGUUCCCAGGUGUUACCAGUGUGUGGGCACUCUUCAUCUAUGGCACCUCCAUCCUCAUUGUGGAGAAGAUGUAUCUGUAUCUCAAAGACAAGUGUCACAUUUUAGUGCGCUGCUUUAUUUACACCCUCUGGACGUAUCUCUGGGAGUUCACCACUGGCCUCAUCCUACGCCAGUUCAAUGCCUGCCCGUGGGACUAUUCCCAGUUUGAUUUUGACUUCAUGGGCCUGAUCACCCUGGAGUAUGCCAUCCCAUGGUUUUGUGCUUCUUUCAUCAUGGAACAGCUGGUGAUCAGGAACACCCUGCGCUUGAGAUUUGAUGAGACUGCCGAGCCAGGGGCUCCUACUGUUCCCGUUGCCUUGGCCAAUGGCCACGUGAAGACGGAUUGAACCGUGACUCGGAGCCACCCUUAGCAAUCUGAGAGAGCUCAGACCUCUACCACAGGCUGUUAGCUCUGGCUUUGAGGUACUGCUCCUUGCUGUAUGAUAAGAUUCAUAUACCCCAUUUUUCUAAUGGGGGUGUGCAUGGGAUAUACCAGAAAAAAAAUGGAACCAGUAGAUUUUCUAAGGAUUUUACUCUUUGGGUUCCAAGGACCAAUAUCAGUUACUUGUUAGUUAGGUCGUUUCUGAUUUUAACUUAUUACAGAUGAAAGCAGUCCUUUUGCUUACACUUUUGUGUGGAGAAAGAAGGAGGGAAAAAAUGCUAAGGUGGAAAAGCAUUCAAAAAAGAAAAAUGUAAUCAUUGGAGGAUGGUCAUGGACAUGCCAGCAAAGUCAGUGAUCGGCUUACUCCAUUAGGCAAUAUUCAGGUGCUUGCUUGCAACCAAUACCUCCCAUGGGACCUGAGAUGCUGCAGGAACAAGGAAAAUCUGUCUGCUAUGGAGAAGAACCUAAGGCUGGCAGUCUGCUGGGGAGGUAGAUGGUGUUCCCCUCAUGAGGUCCACUGGCCUACCCCGAGGUUCUUUUUUUGCACCACAAUAUAAUCUGGUGCUGGACAUCUUGCUGAAUUUAUACAAAUCUUGUACUUUUUGAAAUCUCAUUCCUGAUAGUAGAUUUUUUCUUUUUUUUUUCUUUUUU